AUUGACUAUAAACAACUCUCUCUCCCCCUCUCUUAAAACUGACAAAAUCAACUGAAACAUGGCCACUACCUUCGCUCUGAACCCCCGAGCAGCAAGGGGUUUCCAAGACGCCUCGAACUAUGACGCGCAUCGGCCCUCCUUUCCCGCAGAAGCAGUGGACAAGCUUCUAACCCACUUAGGAGUUGCCGGCCUGAAGAAUGCGAGUGUUAUAGACCUCGCUUGUGGGACUGGAAAGUUCACGGAGUCGUUGGUCAACAGGGAGGAAGAAUUUGACGUUGUGGGGAUCGAGCCACAUGCGGGGAUGAGGGAGGAGUUGGUGAAGAAGAAUUUGAGAAGUGUCAAGGUUCUGGAAGGCGAUGCGGCACACAUGCCUAUUGAAAAUGGAUGGGGAGAUGCUCUGAUUGCUGCGCAGGCUUUUCAUUGGUUCGCUACAGAGGAGUCACUGAGGGAAAUUCAUAGAGUGUUGAAGCCUGGUGCCGCAUUUGGGGUGAUUUGGAAUAUUGAAGACUAUAAUGCACCGAUUGAAUACCUAUCGACGACAAAAUGGGAACAGAAAAUGAAAGAUAUCAUUGCGUCUCUCGAUGAUGGACACCCUAGAUUCAGGCACAUGACAUGGAAGCAGGUGUUUGAGAAGCAGCAAGAUACCACCCCGUUGCAGACCCUUAAGGAUACUUUCUCUGGCCACAUGCCCAUGUUCUCCUUACCCUUGGGGGAAGAGGAAUUGAAGUGGACGGUUUGGUUGACUGAUGAGGCCGUAUGGUCGAGGUACGCCACCCUCUCUAUGAUCGCCAAUGUCGACGAGGACAGGAAGGCAGAGAUUCGGAAAGAGGUUUUUAAUGCGCUGAAAGAGGAUGGAGUUGAGCGAAAUGCAAGAGGUGAGGUUGCUGUGCACGGUAUGACAUAUUUGGCUUGGACGUCUCGAGACUGA